AUGAAUAAAAACCGUAUAAAGGAAUAAAUAUCUCCAACUUAAAGAUUAAAUAAUAUGGCUAGUAAUGAAGCGAGAGCUGAGUCUAAUAAUAACAGUGUUUUAAAUAUUAGUGAGAGGAAUGACUCUAGGACAGAUUUUCUAUUUAGAAAAGGAUUUUUGAGAAAUAGAAAGCUUGAUGAUAAUUUAUAAUACAGUAAUUCCUUUUAAAGCUAGUUUGAUUAUGAUAAAUAGUAAUAAAAAUUGCUCUAACCAGCAAUUGAUUAAAGCAUUUAAAGUAGAGUUGAAGAUGAUGAUCUUUAAGCUGAUCCACCAAAAUAGAUUUCUCAAUUUAUGAGACUUGAGAGCAAUAAUUCAGAAAACAUUACUCUUACUCAGCAGUAAAUGAGCAAUAAGAAAACAAACUCAUAUUCAAUAUUUGCUACUGGUAGAAAAAUUAACAAAGUUCAUUCUUUAGAAAAAAGCAACACUGUACUGACCUAAGAAAAAAAUCAAUAGUCUCUUAAUAUUUAUAAUUUAGCUAAAAGAGAUAGCAAUGACUUUUAAAGGGAGAAUAUCAUUCCAAUUAUUCCUUAAUUUUAGAAGUAAAAGAAUAAGUUUUUUUCUUUGUUCAGCAACAACUUUUUAGACAAGAGCGAAACAAGCUCUUCGAUAAAUCCUAGGAAAUCUGGAUUUAGGUGGAAUAUAGUUUCUAAAUUUGAAAAUGUUCUCUCUUUUAUUAAUAUUCUGAGGAAUAAUUCUACUAUGCAAGAAAGUUUUAGGAGCUUAAACUAAAAGCAUUACGAGCUGAUUGGAGAUAAAUCAGAUAUUAAUGUAGAAUUCAAGUCUGCUUUUUCAGGAAAAAUGAAAUACCUAUUUGAUAGAACUAUUAAUUAGAUUCCAAUAUUUUCUCCUGAGUCACAUGGGAUUAUUUUUUGGAACUUCUUAAACUGUGUGUGCAUAUUGGUUUAAUUUGUUGCUAUUCCCUUAAAAAUAUCUUUCUUUAUUGAAUUUUAAGGUUUUUUGAGCUAAUUUUUUCUAUUUUACAUCCAUGCAUUCAUAUUCGUUUUCGAAAUUGUUAUUCGCUUUAAUGUUAGUUAUUAUGAAUAAGGUAUUUUAGUGUAGAGUCGCUUCAAAAUCAUUUAAAAUUACAUGUUUAAAACCUACUUUUUUUGGCUAGACUUGAUAACAACUGUGAUAUUUUUAGGAAGCAAGGAGAGUAACAGCCCAUUUUUAAUUACAGUUGUUGUCUUGCGUGUUUUUUAAUUGUUCUAGCUCGUAAAUGACAUAGAUGAGCAUUACUAAAUUACUUAGCGUUUCUCUUCUUUUUGGAAUUUAAUUAAAUUACUUCUUAUAAUUAUGAUUGUUGCUCAUUUUACUGGAUGUGGUUUUCAUUAUGUUGCCUACUUGCAGAGCGAAGAUAGCAUAAUCACUUGGCUAGAUAAAUAAAAAAUUUUCACUGAAGAAUGGCCUAUUAGGUAUCUGAAUUCAGUUUAUUGGGCUUCAAUUACUAUGGUAACAGUCGGAUAUGGUGAUAUUGUGCCAAUCACUCCAGCAGAAAAAAUUUAUGUGAUAAUAAUGACUCUAAUAAGUGCUGGUGUGUUUGCUUAUUCGAUAAAUACAAUCGGAGGUAUUUUUGGCGAAAUUCAGAAAAAAAAGCUAGUCAUGAAAACGUAAAAGAGACACAUUUCUAAUUACAUGAGAUCACGUGGAAUCAAUAGCUAGCUUUAGAUAGAGGUUUUAAAAUAUUUAGAUAAUGUGAAGCAAGAAGAAAUCGAAAUAGCUAACAAAGGUCAAGAGGUUAUACAGAUUUUGAGUUCGUAGAUUAGAGAAAAGCUUUAAUCUGAUUAUUAUGGAAGAAUUUUACAAGAAUCAAAAACUUUUUAAGGUUACAGUUAGUAGUUUUUAUAGGAACUAGCCUACACUAUGAAAGAAUAGCUCUAUGGACCAGGAGAAAUUGUAUUUAGUUUAGGAUAGCAUGAUGAUAGAAUGCUUUUUAUUACUCAAGGAAGCGUUUAGCUGUUUAUUCCUAUAUAAAAAUAUAAAUAAACGAUUGAUCUCCAAAUCUUGGAUAAAGGUGAGGUUGGUCAUUAUGGAUUUUUCACCUAACAGCAGAGAUCAACAAGUUUAAGGAGCUUAGGAGUUACUAUUAUAGCUUAUAUUCCAAGAGAAGAUUUCAUUUAAGUUCUUCAAAAAUUUCCUUCAGAUCACGAGAAAUUUUGCCAGACAAAAGAUAUUUUGAUAUUUCAACAAUAAAAAAAUAAAAUAAAAUGUUUCGCCUGUUAAGUAAAUGGGCAUUCAAUAAUGAACUGCUAGAGAGUACAUUAUAAGAGAGACAAAUAGACUUUGAUUUGCAAGUACAAUUACAAUUAUGAGCAAUAAAGGAAUGAGCAUAAUAGGAAAGUAAGCAAUAAAAAAAAUACUUACAGUUUAAAGAAAGUAGUGAGGUAAAGUUUGCUUAAACUGCGAGGUGAGAAAAUGUCUACUAUUUAUCAAAUUGAAUUUUUGUAAGAUGACUUCGAAUGGUUGGAGAAGAAUAAAGAUCACACAAUAUUUCAAGUUAUUCCUAAACUUUAUUAUCAAAAUGGAGAAUAUGGGAUACACUCUGAAACAGAUUUUAGCUAUUGUUCAGAUGAUUCUGAAUCGAUUAACUCAGAUUAAUAACUGAGUGAUGAGAGUUAUUUAGAAAUUAGUUGUCCAAAUACUCCAUAACAUUAAUAUCAGGUUUCAUAAAAAAAGAGAGCUAAUAUCUAAGAAGAAUUAUCAGAUCUAGAAAAACAAUCUAUAAGCUCUCAACGAGAUCGAUCAAGCUCCAAACAUUUGUAAAGUCCUAUUGCUUCUCAUGUGAGCAAAAAAGAAAAUUAAUUCACAUCUAUCAUCAAUCAGUUCAGCAAAAAACGAACUCUAAAAUAAAAAUCUUAAAAUAAAACGCAAGCUACUGAUUUAAAUAGAUAAAGGAGAAAAUCAGCAUUUUGCAGUGGAGAAGUUGGUUUUUUAUCAAAACAAUUAAAUUUAAAUCAUGUUGAGAAAGAAAGUGAAGAAAAACCAGUAAUAAAAUAGGUUCUUUCAGAAAAGAGUAUUGAUUCAAAAUAAAAUAUAAAUCAAUAAUACGAAAAAAAGGAUCAAUUAGAUUAACAAUUAAAUUAGCUAGAAUUGAAUAAUGAGGAUUAAAAAACAAUAAUACCAUUUUCUUAAGAGGUUAAUAAGCUAAUGUAAGAUAGAACUCAUUAAAAUAAUAAAUAAUAAUUAAUAGUUAACAAAUAAGAAAAUAAUUAAAUGGAAAUAGUAGAUUUUGAAUAAAUUGGUAGCUUAGAUGCCUCUUUUAAAUAAAACAUUCAAACUCAUCAUUAAAAUGAAGAAAAGAAUAGCUUUGAACAAAAUUAUAAGAUUGAUGAGAUUUAAAAUUCUGAUCAGUUUGAGUAAGAUUUACCUUUUAAAAGUGAAAUAAUUAGCUAAAAUGAAAAUUUUUAGCGUCUUGAUCCCUCUAGUCCAAUUCUAAAAUUAGAAGGAUAAAUAGCUCAUUAAAUCAAUCCUUUAAAAAACAUGAUUUCCUUUUAAAAUCUUUAUCAAUCUUCAGAAAUAAUAUCUGAAGAAAAAACUAAUUCAAGUCAUACGAGAAAGAGUAAAGACAUGACAUUCCACUCAAGAAAUUUUAACAUUGAAUCAAGCAAAAUGAGUAACUUCGUGGCUAAAACUGGAAAUUUCCUUGAAUUUAGUGAAAACCAAACUGAAACUAACUUAAAAGGCUCUUUUAAAACUUCUCAAAACAAACAGCUUAGUCCAAUUUAAAAAAAAGAUUUUAUAGGAGAGCAGAGAGAGAAUCAGAGCUUUAAUAUUCCUUUUAUUUAAUCAAUAAAUGAAAUAGAGAAUGAUGAAAGUCCUGGAUUCUAACUAAAUAAUAAUAAUAAUAAUAACACUGUUGCUAAUGCUGCACUACGUUAAGAAGAAGAAAAUGGAUCAAAGCAAGCUUUUUAAGUAGAAUAAGAUAAUUUAGUAACAAAAGACAAUGAAGCUAAUUUAAAUCAAUAUGGAGAAGCUCAACAUAAAAACAUAAAAUUAAAAUCUAAAUUUAACAUUUAAUUUAAUUCAGAAAAACUUGAAUAAGAAACAUAAAAUAAUGGAAUUCAAUCAAAUUUUUCAAAUUUCAGCCAACAAGCUAAAUUAAAAAUGCUUAAAUCAAAUAAUUCUUCAAUGAGAGACAUAUUUUAAAAGAAAUAGGAAACCUAAAAAUCUAAAUUUGCUAAUUAGCACAAUUAAAAUUGGAAUGAAUAAAGCCCUAAAAUAUCUAUGUAGUAAAUCAAACGUUUUAAUAAACGUAACAGCAUACAGAAUAACUUAAAUACUAGCAUUAAUUAGAGUGUUAAUAAUAAUUAUGCUCCUUAGCUUCCAUCUCCUUCUUACUAGCCUUUUGCGAUCAAAUAAAUAUAGGGUCAACUUAACCAGUCAAAUUUAUCAAUAGCCAGUCCAAUUAAUAGAGAGAAGAAAGAACAAAAUAUAGCUAAUAGUGGGUAAAUUAUACAAUAAAUAUAGCAAGUAUUGUUAUCACAGCUAAACAGCAUUUAAUAACAAUUGUAAAUAAACCAACAAAAAUAGCCUUCGACCUCUUAAACUAUCCAAAACUUUGAUUUAAAAAGUCCAAGAUAAAUUAUUUUUAGAAACACGGAACUAAAUAAGGAAAUCAAUUAGCAAAAAUCUUUAGAAUAUUUUAUAAUUAUAGACACUGAUUCCUUAAAAUAGUACACUGUUUACUUCCCUCAUAAUAACUUUAAUAAUGUGAUUAAGAAUUUCAAUAACUCUCGCGUUAAACGCUACUUGGAUUUCCAAAGAAAAUCAAAAAAGAAAGUUACAAAAGAAUAUAAAAAAAUAACAUCCACUCCAAACAAAUACAAUCCAAAAAAAUAGUUUAAACAAUCAAGUUUUAUGAAGUAAAAAAACAUGUGA